CUUGCAAAUGCAGUGUGCGUAUCUACUAAGAUGGGAGGGAGAAAGGCUAUGCUUCUACAUCUACUUGAGAUAUCGUUCUUCUUUACACUAAGCUUUUGUCAGUUUCCUCGUCUACCUGGCCAAUUGGACAACGUCACACACAUACUAAAGGAUAUAUUAGGUAACUAUGACAUUCGAUUGAGACCCGACUUCGGUGGACCUCCUCUUUACAUCGGAAUGGAUCUUACCAUAGCCAGUUUCGACAGCAUAUCUGAAGUUAAUAUGGAUUACACAAUCACCCUGUAUCUUAACCAGUACUGGCAAGACAGUCGUCUGGCUUUUAGCAACGACUCGUACGAGUUGACUCUCACGGGAGACUUUGCUGACAAGAUCUGGGUGCCGGAUACAUUCUUCGCUAAUGACAAAAACUCUUUUCUCCAUCAAGUUACUGAAAAGAACAAAAUGGUGAGACUACAGUCCGACGGACAUAUUGUAUAUGGCAUGAGGUUUACCACAACGCUGGCCUGUAUGAUGGACCUACAUUACUAUCCCCUAGACUCCCAAAAUUGCACAGUAGAGAUAGAAAGUUAUGGAUACACCGUACGAGAUGUCGUAAUGUAUUGGAAGCCUUACCCUGUUGUCGGUGUGGAAGAUGCUAAGUUACCCCAGUUCUCAAUCAUACGUUACGAAACUACAGAUAGGUCAGAAGUUCUAGCCACAGGGAUCUACCAGCGUCUUUCUCUGAGUUUUGAGCUGAAGAGGAAUAUUGGUUACUUCAUCUUCCAGACGUACUUGCCGUCCAUUCUGAUUGUGAUGCUAUCUUGGGUUUCGUUUUGGAUAAACCACGAAGCCACGUCGGCAAGAGUAGCUCUGGGUAUAACCACCGUGUUAACCAUGACUACGAUCAGUACGGGAGUACGGUCUUCCUUACCCCGUAUUUCCUAUGUUAAAGCUAUUGACAUUUAUUUGGUUAUGUGUUUCGUCUUCGUUUUCGCCGCACUGCUGGAGUAUGCUGCUGUAAACUACACUUACUGGGGCGCAAGAGCUAAGAAGAAGGUCAGGAAGGCCAAAGAGCCUGAGGUGUCCGAAGCGACGUAUUCUGUAAGUAAAUGUGUUUAUAACACCUAAAAAAAGGUGAGGAAUUUUUAUUUUCAUAAUCUGAAAUAAAUCUGAUGAUCGCAGUCUUUAUAAUUACGUUUUUAAGCCCUAAACUUCCUUGUUUCGAGGAUAUACGAGAAAGAAAACAAUAUCAAGAAAUGUCACUGUCUGAUGCUGUUUCAGUAGAAAAUGGUUUGAAUCUUUACAACUGAGUUUUAAAGUUCAAGGUAAAGUCUUGAAAAUAAUAAAACUUGAUUUCAUUUCUGUACAAAAAUCUA